UAAAAUUAAUCAUCGUUGAUUCUAUCUUGUGGAAUUCAUUCAAAAUAGAAAAAAAAUUAGCUGGAGUAAGAAUAAGUAGGAGAGCGGCCGGUCCUGAGUAUUGUUUACUCCCUCUCUUUGCCUCUCUACUUCUGAAACACAUUUUCUGCUUCUGAAUCAUUCUGAAUCUGUCGGUUUAUUGUGACAAGUGAUUUGUCGUCAUUCUAUCGGUUUCAUCGAAGGGAUACAACUUCCAAGGAAAAAAUGAUUACUGGACGCGCAUUGCAUUUUGUAUUCAAGAUACCAGAUCGCGGAUUAACGGCGAAGUUUUAUCGAGAGAUUCUUGGCAUGAAGGUGUUGAGACACGAAGAAUUUUCAGAUGGAUGCGAGGCUGCGUGCAACGGACCAUAUGCAAAUCGUUGGAGCAAAACAAUGAUAGGAUAUGGCCCUGAAGAUACACAUUUUGUCAUUGAGUUGACAUAUAAUUAUGGGAUUAAAGAAUAUGAAACUGGAAAUGAUUUUAAAGCUAUCACUAUACGUUCGAAAGAUGUAAUUGAAAAAGCACGUGCAAAUAAUUGGCCAAUACAUGAAGAAAAUGGAAAGUUUACGGUACAGGCACCUGGUGGAUAUAAAUAUUAUAUUGUUAACGAGCAACCUCUUACUAACAGUGAUCCAGUAGAAAAAGUUACUCUAUCCAGCUCCAAUCUUGAACGUACCAUUACUUAUUGGAAAGAUAUUUUGGGAUUACAGAUAUUUGAUAGGAACGAUAAAAGUGUAUUGAUGGGAUAUAGUAAAGAUCAAAUCAAACUUGAAUUUGAAGAUAUUGGUACUGAAGUUAAUCAUGCAAAAGCGUAUGGACGUAUCGCUUUCUCGGUGCCAUUUUCAGAACAACCAGAGAUUCAAAAAGCCAUUAAAGAAAGUGGAAAUAAAAUCCUGACUGAUUUAAUAACUUUAGAUACACCAGGAAAAGCUUCUGUAAGAGUUAUCAUUCUUACUGAUCCAGAUGGGCACGAGAUCUGUUUCGUAGACGAUGAAGGAUUUAGACAACUCUCAGUUCCAGAUUAUCCGAGUGAAGCAAUUUUAAAUAAAUAUAUUAAAAAGGAAUCAACAGAUAACGUGUAAAAAAGUACUUCUACCGUUGAAAUGUUUGUAAUUUAAUGAUAUUAAGUGUAAGAGGAGUCUGGGAGACUUGAUCAUACACAGGAGAAUUAAAUUAGUUAAAAUGUUUCGUUCAAAUUUUGCGCCAAGCUUGUCUAGCCGACGUAUGGAUCAUGUUGUCACAUGACAUUGUAACAGUGAUAAAACUGUAAUCAUAUUACUGAUUACGGAUUGUCGAUUACCGUUUUGCGCGAAAUUUGGACGAGAUAUUUGAAAUAGUUAAACUAUUCCGUAUAGUCAAAUUUCUCGAACUCUUAGAUAUGAUGGAAUGCUAAUUGUAAAGAAAUUAAAACUUAAAUGAA